AUGAGGGUUGCGAUCCGAGAGCAGCUGGCCGCUCUCGUCAUCUUGGCCGUCUUCAUAUGCCUGAUUGUCGUCUCCGUUCCCACCUGGAACUUUGUCUACAACUUUGUCGUCGGUGUCGAGACCUCGAGCUUGGCCCUUACAGCCUCACUCAAGGCCACCCGCAUCAGUUCCGAAAUCAAUCUGCUCCUCAUCAUCUGCCAAUCCGUCGCCAGCCGCAUCCUUCUCCAGGAAGCCUUUGUCGACUUUUACAAUGGCAACGGCACAAAUCCCUUCGACUCGGCCCGCAAGGACAUUACCAGUGCCAUGACUAAUAGUCAAGUCUCUGGUCUGCUCCAAGCCCGCCUCUUUUCAAGAAACAUUACCGGCGCCGCUCAUAAGGGUCUUCUCAACGUCACCGCCGCAGGCAUAGGCAACAAAGAUGUCAACAUUGCCCUUCCCUAUCUUGCCCCAGACGGCCGACGCGCAAAUCUCAGCGAUACACCAUGGGGGUACCCCCCUUCGCUAUAUCCCAACAUCACCUAUCGACCCGUUGGAAAACUCAACCCCGCCGAGCCAGACACCAUGUCCUACGUAGCAGAUGCUUUCCCAAACACCAAGAUUAGCGACAAGGGCGGUCUAAUCCUUGGACCUCUAAUCGUCAACGAGACGUAUGCCCUUAUGUCUCUCACAAUUCCCGUGCGAUCCAACAACAACGCACGCUAUUUUCUAGGCUACAUGACGCUUGUAGUGUCCGCCACGUCUCUUCUCGACGUCCAGACAUCGCGCGAAGGCUUAGACAAGUCGGGUAUGGUCUUGAUAGUAGGUCCAGCUCAUCCCUCCAACAAAUUCAUCGGUGCCAUCACUCCUUCCAACGGUACCCGAUCUCCCGACAAAUCUGCUCUAGGCAACAUCAACACUCACUUCGUCCUCCCGCCUAUCACGCCUCGCGGCCAAGCCGAUAGGCAUGGAAAUCGAGACUACCAUAGCGGCAACUCCGGCACCGACUUCAAGCUCGCACAGUAUCAGAGCGUUCUCAAUGUAUACUACAACAACGCCACCCAGCUCAACAAUGCUACUGCCACAUUAUCCACCAAGAACGAGCAGGACGUUCCUGUAGCUGUUGGCAUUGCUCGUCCGCAGUCGGAACUCGUCGAUUGGGCCGUCGUGGUCGAGAAAGCGAGAUCGGAAGCAUACGGUCCCAUUUCCAAACUCCGCGUCAUUCUUCUUGCCUGCUCCUUUGGCACUGCAGGCCUCAUUCUAAUUCUUGUCGUUCCUUGCGCUCAUCUCGGUGUGAGACCUAUUCGACGCCUCAAAGAGGCCACCGAAAAUUCCGUUUGCCCUCCGGGUUACGAGGAAGACGCGGAUAACCUGAGCGACGGUGACGGACCAAGCUCCGGCGCAACUCGUACUACUUCAUCUCGCAGAGGCGGCUUAUUUGCCCCUAUACGACGCAGGUUUAAGAAGCGGAAAAAGGCAAUGACCCUAGCUGAGAUUGAUGCCCAUCGACGCAUAUUCAAGAUUCCCGGGCGUGUUACUCAAGGAAAACACUUCGUGACGGACGAGCUCACAGAGCUUACACAAACAUACAACGACAUGACAGACGAGCUCUUGAAGCAGUACACGCUCCUUGAUGACAAGGUCGCUGAGCGCACACGAGAGCUGGAAAUUAGCAAAAAGGCUGCCGAGGCUGCCAAUGAAAGCAAAACGCUCUUCAUCGCUAAUAUUUCUCACGAGCUCAAGACGCCCUUAAAUGGUAUCAUGGGAAUAUGCGCUAUCUGCAUGGAAGAUGAUGACGUUCGCCGUAUACGGUCGUCACUGAAGACUGUCUACAAGUCAGGUGAUCUCUUAUUGCAUCUGCUCGAGGAUCUCUUGAGCUUCUCCAAGAACCAAAUUAGUCAACAUGUCAGACUUGAGCGGCGAGAAUUCUGUCUCAACGACAUAAAGACCCAAAUCGAUGCCAUCUUCGAGAAGCAAUCGAGGGAAAACAAGAUCCAGCUCACUGUCGAUUAUAUAUCGUUCACUGAUUCGCACGACACAACAGAAGCGCAGCGUCGCAGUAUCGACGAGCGGUUACCAGCUUUAGGCCCCCCUGGGAUGGGCCGUCUCAAGGAGGUCUAUGUCAUGAGUGAUUGCCACCGUAUACUCCAAGUCCUCAUCAAUCUCGUUGGAAACAGCGUCAAGUUCACUCCAGCGGGUGGCAAAGUGAUGCUCCGCAUACGCUGCCUAGGCGAGGCAGAGCAGACUAGCGGUGACGAAUUGAGUAGAAACUCAUCUCUCUCCCGGUCUCCUUCUGUCGCCCAAGGCCGGCGCAAUCGCUUGCGGGGCCAGUCCGGCUCCAUCCACUCUGGCAACUCGGUCAUGGCGACGGCUGUCACGGAUGGCACCGCUCUCGAGAUCAAUCCCAUGGAGCCCAAGGUGGCUCCGUGUAUCUCUCCGCGCGAUCGGUCCGAGUCCCCAUCGCCAGUCAGGUACAAGGCGUACACCUUUGAAUUUGAGGUGGAGGACACUGGGCACGGCAUCCCCGAGCACAUGCAGUGCAAGAUUUUCGAGCCCUUCGUUCAGGGUGACGCCGGUUUGAAUAGGAAAUUCGGCGGCACGGGCUUGGGUCUCAGCAUCUGCGCCCAGCUCGUCAAGCUGAUGGGCGGCACCAUUGGUGUCAAGAGCGCGCCCGGUCAAGGGUCCAUCUUUACGGUGCGUAUACCGCUGGAGUACGUCAAGGACCGCACGCCGAGCCCGUCUUCAAGCAUUCGAUCUCGUGCAGGUAGCAUGGGCUUCACCGCGGACGAGACGCAGCACACUUCCCUCACAAGCGUGCCGGGCAGCAACGACUCGGCAGAAACGAGCAGCGCCGACAGCCCCGUCAAUCAUCAUUUGCCCAAAAACAAGCCGCGUCUCGUCGGCCUCAGUGCGCCAUUCUUUACCACGAACGAUGCCCCGCACACUGACAAGUGCUACAACGCGCCCGGCGCGCCCGGUCAUGUUAAAGGCAGGCUCAAGGUGCUGGUCGCCGACGACAACGCGACCAACAUUGAAGUGGUUAGCCGGAUGCUUAAGCUUGAGGAGGUGUACGACGUGACAGUGGCAAAGGACGGACAGGAGGCAUACGAGCUCGUCAAGGAGACGAUGGCGACGCCGCCGCCGCACACGCCGCCGCACAAGCAGUUUGACGUCAUCUUCAUGGAUGUGCAGAUGCCCAACGUCAACGGCCUCGAGUCGACGCGCCUGAUUCGCAAAAUAGGCUGUGUCGCUCCGAUUGUCGCCCUCACGGCGUUUUCCGAAGAGAGCAACGUCCAGGAGUGCAUGGCCUCGGGCAUGAAUGAGUUUCUCAGCAAGCCCAUCCGCAGGCCCGCCCUCAAAAAGGUCCUCUCCAAGAUUUCGACCAUUGAAGAGGAGGACGUCACGCCGUGCGCCAUAACACCGCCAUCGCAAAGCCAGAGCUCGGCGUCGCCGCGGCAGGGUCAGGGCUUGCAGGGCUCUCCGCCUCCGACGCCCCCAACAACGGGCGGCGACGAGCUGGAGAAUGUGGAUGAGAAGCAGACGAAUGGCGUAUAA